UCAAAAUGGGUGACAUGUUCCGUACGGAAAAGAUGACAUUAUGUCAAUUAUUCAUACAACCGGAAGCGGCAUAUGCUACAGCAGCAGUAUUAGGUGAGAAAGGAUGUGUUCAAUUUAGAGAUCUCAAUGAAGGCGUAACUGCUUUCCAACGAAAAUUCGUAAAUGAGGUACGCCGUUGUGAUGAAAUGGAGAGACAAAUGCGUUAUAUAGAAGCUGAAAUAACCAAAGAUGAAAUCAAAAUACCAGAAUUGUAUUUCGAUGAACUACCAGAUGCACCGAAUCCUAGAGAAAUAAUCGAUUUAGAAGCCAAUUUGGAAAAAACCGAAGUGGAUGUACGUGAACUCGCAGCAAAUGAACUGAAAAUAAAAACAAACCAUUUGGAGCUCAUCGAAAUGCGAACGGUACUCGAGAAUACAGAGGGUUUCUUUUCGGAACAGGAAGUUAUUGAUUUGGAUAUUAACCGUAGUAACAUCAAGACAAAUACCGAUGGAGCUAAUUUAGCUUUUGUUGCUGGAGUUAUUAAUCGGGAACGUGUGUUUGCAUUUGAACGCAUGUUAUGGCGCAUGUCACGAGGAAAUGUUUUUUUAAAACAAGCCGAUAUGCACGAACAGCUGAAGGAUCCGAUUACUGGUAAUGUCCUAUAUAAAACCGUUUUUGUCGCAUUCUUUCAAGGUGAGCACUUGAAACAACGAGUAAAAAAGGUUUGCGCCGGUUUUCAUGCUGCCAUGUAUCCUUGCCCAAGUUCACAUGAAGAUCGCAUUGGUAUGUUAAAAGGAGUGCGCACACGUAUUGAUGAUAUUAAAAUUGUGAUACAGCAAUCUGAAGAUCAUCGUAGUCGUGUACUUAAUACUGCUGCUAAACACAUAAACACUUGGACUGUUAUGGUAAAGAAAAUGAAAGCCAUCUACCAUACACUAAAUUGUUUUAAUAUUGAUGUGACAGAAAAGUGUUUAAUCGGGGAAGGUUGGGUACCAACUAAAGAUAUGCCCACCGUACAACAGUGUCUUUUAGAUGGGUCUUCAGCUGUAGGCAGUACAGUGCCUUCAUUCCUAAAUGUUCUGGAUUCACAUGAAGCACCACCAUCAUAUAUACGUACUAAUAAGUUUACUAAUGGUUUUCAGAAUUUAAUUGAUUCUUAUGGACUGUCUUCAUAUCGCGAAGUCAAUCCCGCCUUGUAUACAUGCAUUACGUUUCCAUUCUUGUUCGCUGUAAUGUUCGGCGAUUUGGGACACGGAUUCUGUAUGUUUUUAUUCGGUUUGUCAAUGGUAAUCUAUGAAAAGAAACUGGGUAGACAACGCAGGGGAGAGAUAUUAAAUAUUAUGUUCAGUGGUCGAUAUAUUAUAAUGUUGAUGGGUCUAUUUGCUUGUUAUACUGGAUUUACUUACAAUGAUAUAUUUUCGAAAUCACUUAACGUGUUUGGUUCGAAGUGGCGUAUACGUUAUAAUACAACCACCGUACUCACCAACCCCACACUUCAGUUAAAUCCGGAAUAUGCUACUGUGGGUGUUUACCCUUGGGGCUUGGAUCCGAUUUGGCAAUUGGCAGAUGACAAUCAGAUUAUUUUCACUAACAGUUAUAAAAUGAAAUUAUCUGUUAUAUUUGGUGUUUUGCAUAUGAUUUUCGGACUUUGUCUUUCUGUGGAGAACUUUAUAUACUUCAAGCGAUACUCAAGCAUCUUUCUGGAAUUCUUACCACAAGCUCUAUUUUUAUUGUUACUCUUUGGUUAUAUGGUAUUCAUGAUGUUCUUCAAAUGGGUGAAAUACUCAGCCACAUCAGAUAUUCAAUCUAAUUCCCCUGCAUGUGCACCUUCGGUGUUGAUUACAUUCAUAAAGAUGAUGUUGUUUGGGGAGAUGACUGCGCUACCCGGAUGUGAUGCUUAUAUGUUUAGUGGACAAGCACAACUGGAAAAGAUUUUUGUGAUUGUUGCAGUUGUUUGUAUACCAUGGAUAUUGCUUGGAAAACCGUUUUGGAUAAUGUUCACACGUAAAAACAACAAAACUACUAGUUAUGAUGUGGAAUCGAUUGAUGAAGAUAAACCAAGUGAAAGUAAAGCUGCUGUCGCUCAUGGUGAGCCUGAAGAAGAACCAAUGUCCGAAAUAUUCAUACACCAAGCCAUACACACAAUUGAAUAUGUGCUAAGUACAAUUUCCCAUACUGCUUCUUAUUUACGUCUAUGGGCUUUAUCGUUAGCUCAUGCAGAGUUAUCACAAGUGUUAUGGAAUAUGGUGUUGCGUAUGGGUUUGACAAAGUGUACUGGUUAUAUAGGAAUUGUGGCUGUUUUCCUGCUUUUUGGUUUCUGGACAGUUUUAACUGUUGCUAUUAUGAUUAUGAUGGAAGCUGUAUUCAAUACACCGUUCUAUAAUCCUGUAUACUUUGGUGGUUAUUAUACAAGUUAUAUGAAGUUAACUGAUUCUUAUAACGGCCUCAAAAUGGGUGACAUGUUCCGUACGGAAAAGAUGACAUUAUGUCAAUUAUUUAUACAACCGGAAGCGGCGUAUGCUUCAGUAGCAGCAUUAGGUGAGAAAGGUUGUGUACAAUUUAGAGAUCUCAAUGAAGGCGUAACUGCUUUCCAACGAAAAUUCGUAAAUGAGGUACGUCGUUGUGAUGAAAUGGAGAGGCAAAUGCGUUAUAUAGAAGCUGAAAUAACCAAAGAUGAAAUCAAAAUACCAGAAUUGUAUUUCGAUGAAUUACCAGAUGCACCGAAUCCUAGAGAAAUAAUCGAUUUAGAAGCCAAUUUGGAAAAAACCGAAGUUGAAGUACGUGAACUCGCAGCAAAUGAACUGAAAAUAAAAACAAACCAUUUGGAGCUCAUCGAAAUGCGAACGGUACUCGAGAAAACAGAGGGUUUCUUUUCGGAACAGGAAUAUAUUGAUUUGGAUAUUAAUCGUAGUAACAUCAAGACAAAUACCGAUGGAGCUAAUUUAGCUUUUGUUGCUGGAGUUAUUAAUCGGGAACGUGUGUUUGCAUUUGAACGCAUGUUAUGGCGUAUGUCACGCGGAAAUGUUUUUUUAAAACAAGCCGAUAUGCAUGAACAGCUGAAGGAUCCGAUUACUGGUAAUGUUCUAUAUAAAACCGUUUUUGUCGCAUUCUUUCAAGGUGAGCACUUGAAACAACGAGUAAAAAAGGUUUGCGCCGGUUUUCAUGCUGCGAUGUAUCCUUGCCCAAGUUCACAUGAAGAUCGCAUUGGUAUGUUAAAAGGAGUGCGCACACGUAUUGAUGAUAUUAAAAUUGUGAUACAGCAAUCUGAAGAUCAUCGUAGUCGUGUACUCAAUACUGCUGCUAAACACAUAAACACUUGGACUGUUAUGGUAAAGAAAAUGAAAGCCAUCUACCAUACACUAAAUUGUUUUAACAUUGAUGUGACAGAAAAGUGUUUAAUCGGGGAAGGUUGGGUACCAACUAAAGAUAUGCCCACCGUACAACAGUGUCUUUUAGAUGGGUCUUCAGCUGUAGGCAGUACAGUGCCUUCAUUCCUAAAUGUUCUGGAUUCACAUGAAGCACCACCAUCAUAUAUACGUACUAAUAAGUUUACUAAUGGUUUUCAGAAUUUAAUUGAUUCUUAUGGACUGUCUUCAUAUCGCGAAGUCAAUCCCGCUUUGUAUACAUGCAUAACAUUCCCAUUCUUGUUCGCUGUAAUGUUCGGCGAUUUGGGACACGGAUUCUGUAUGUUCUUAUUCGGUUUGUCAAUGGUAAUCUAUGAAAAGAAACUGGGUAGACAACGCAGGGGAGAAAUUUUAAAUAUUAUGUUCAGUGGUCGUUAUAUUAUAAUGUUGAUGGGUCUAUUUGCUUGUUAUACUGGAUUUACUUACAAUGAUAUAUUUUCGAAAUCACUUAACGUGUUUGGUUCGAAGUGGCGUAUCCGUUAUAAUACAACCACCGUACUCACCAACCCCACACUUCAGUUAAAUCCGGAAUAUGCUACUGUGGGUGUUUACCCUUGGGGCUUGGAUCCGAUUUGGCAAUUGGCAGAUGACAAUCAAAUUAUUUUCACUAACAGUUAUAAAAUGAAAUUAUCUGUUAUAUUCGGUGUUUUGCAUAUGAUUUUCGGACUUUGUCUUUCUGUGGAGAACUUUAUAUACUUCAAACGAUACUCAAGCAUCUUUCUGGAAUUCUUACCACAAGCUCUAUUUUUAUUGUUACUCUUUGGUUAUAUGGUGUUCAUGAUGUUCUUCAAAUGGGUGAAAUACUCAGCCACAUCAGAUAUUCAAUCUAAUUCCCCUGCAUGUGCACCUUCGGUGUUGAUCACAUUCAUAAAGAUGAUGUUGUUUGGGGAGAUGACUGCGCUACCCGGAUGUGAUGCUUAUAUGUUUAGUGGACAAGCACAACUGGAAAAGAUUUUUGUGAUUGUUGCAGUUGUUUGUAUACCAUGGAUAUUGCUUGGAAAACCGUUUUGGAUAAUGUUCACACGUAGAAACAACAAAACUACUAGUUAUGAUGUGGAAUCGAUUGAUGAAGAUAAACCAGGUGAAAGUAAAGCUGCUGUCGCUCAUGGUGAGCCUGAAGAAGAACCAAUGUCCGAAAUAUUCAUACACCAAGCCAUACACACAAUUGAAUAUGUGCUAAGUACGAUUUCCCAUACUGCUUCUUAUUUACGUCUAUGGGCUUUAUCGUUAGCUCAUGCAGAGUUAUCACAAGUAUUAUGGAAUAUGGUGUUACGUUUGGGCUUGACUAUGAAUAGUGGCUAUAUAGGGAUAGUAGCUGUUUUCUUCCUCUUCGGUUUUUGGACACUUUUAACUAUUGCUAUUAUGAUCAUGAUGGAAGGUUUGUCAGCAUUUUUACAUACACUGCGUUUGCAUUGGGUCGAGUUUAUGAGCAAGUUUUAUUCUGGUGAAGGAUAUGCUUUCCAACCAUUUAGUUUUAAAAUUCUUAUAGAAUCUAAUUUUGAUGAUUGAGAGUUGUAACGUAUAUUUUGAAAUGUUAUAUUUUCAAUAAAGUUAUGCAUUAAUAGAUGAACAUUUAUUUGAGCCCGGUA